AUUCACAGCUGUGUUUCCCAUGAUCCAACACAACCGAAAGCUUCCCGUGAGUCAUCGCGGGCUGAAAAUCAAUGGCGGAUGCCGGCGUGGAAAUAAGUCCAUGAAAUUCACUCGGUUGAUUUCAUCAACUCAGGGAAUUUGGACUAAAAAUAGCUCGGAAUUUGUUACAAAAACCUUCCCAGUGAGAGUUUCAAGUAGACUGAUUUGCAGCACCAUGGAUCAGGGUAAUUCGACCGCAAAUGGCGUGGUUGAGAAGACUGCGAGCCAGCUCAAGAAAGAGGCUCAGAGACAGGCGAAGAUGGAAAAAUUCGCUAAAAAGAAGGAGAAAGAGGCAGCUCUGAUGGAAAACCAGAAUCAGAAAAAGAAAGAUAAAAAGAAGAAAGAAACAACAAAGAAAGUAUUUGUGUAUGACAAACCAACAGCUCCAGGAGAAAAGAAAGAUGUUAGUGGAGCAAUGCCAGAUAGUUACAGUCCUACAUAUGUGGAAGCAGCAUGGUAUGCCUGGUGGGAAAAGGAGGGGUUUUUCAAGCCUGAGUAUGGGCGCAAGAACCUCCAAGAACCCAAUCCACGUGGUUUAUUUAUGAUGUGUAUACCUCCCCCAAAUGUGACAGGAUCACUUCAUCUUGGUCACGCCCUUACAAAUGCCGUGGAGGAUUGUAUUACAAGAUGGUGA